AUGUUUUACCAGGGUACUCAACUCCCCCCUCCAAAAGGCAAUGAUUCACCUGAUGGUGUUCGAGUUUCACCAAGAGUCAGACUCAGUGAUGGAAGGUACCUUGCUUAUAGAGAAAAGGGUGUCCCCAAGGACCAAGCAAAACACAGCAUCAUCAUUGUCCACGGCUUUGGCAGCUCCAAAGACAUGAAUUUUCUGGCACCCCAAGAACUGAUAGAUGAAUUGGGCAUAUAUAUUCUUCAAUAUGACCGGGCAGGGUAUGGAGAAAGUGAUCCAAACCCCAAACGCUCACUGAAAAGUGAAGCACUUGACAUCGAAGAGCUCGUUGAUCAGUUACAGAUAGGGUCAAAAUUUUAUGUGAUUGGAGUCUCUAUGGGGUCAUAUGCUACAUGGAGUUGUUUGAAAUACAUCCCCAACAGGAUAGCAGGUGUAGCUAUGAUAGCCCCAGUGAUAAAUUAUCAAUGGCCUUCCUUUCCAGGGAGUCUGAUAAAAGAGGACUACAGGAUGAAACUUAUCAAGUGGACCGUGUUGCUUGCAAAAUAUUUCCCUAGGCUGUUGCAAUGGUGGGUGACUCAAAAGUGGCUCCCUUCAAAUUCUGUCAUAGAAAAAAACCCAGCUUUCUUCAACAAAAGAGAUAUCGAUAUUUUAGAAACUAUUCCUGGGUUCCCAAUGCUUAGCAAGGACAGAUUAAGGGAACAGGUUGUUUUUGACACUCUGAGAGAUGACUGGAUGGUGGCCUUUGGCAAGUGGGAAUUUGACCCUAUGAAGCUAAGUAAUCCAUUUCCUCAGAACACAGGUUCAGCUCACAUUUGGCAGGGCUAUGAAGAUAAGGUAGUGCCCUCUCAAAUCCAAAGGUUUGUUACAGAGAAGCUGCCUUGGAUACAGUAUCAUGAAGUUCCAGAUGGUGGUCAUUUGAUUGUGCACUAUAGUGGCUUAUGUGAGGCCAUUCUGAAGGCACUUUUACUUGGAGAACAAAAUCUUUCAUAUAGACCUAGAUCGGAAGUAGUUGUAUCUUGA